UUUGUCGACAAAGCAGGCGUAUGGGUUGGAGAGAGGCUCUGGAGUCUGGACAGCCUCUGUUCCCAAAGUAACAGGAAUCUCCACACAGUCACUGAGGGAGCCUGUCAAUUCAGCUCCAGGACACAACACUGGUCCCCAGGCCCCAUUAACAACGACAAACAACGCACAGGGACACGCCGCAGCCGACGCCAUUUACUCCCAGGAAGAGGAGUGGACCAAGAUGCUCGAGCUCUCUCCUGUGUUCCAGCUAUUGAAGCGGAUGGAGCUACAGUUGAGGGACUGGGCCUGUGGAACAGGGCUACUCAACAGAGAGCUGCCUGACAGAGACCAGAGCUUCAUAGACGUCCUGGAUGCUCAGUGGGAAUGUGAGGGAGAGCUGAUCCCUUUGGACCCCUCCGUCCUUAACUCCAGAGAGCUCUUGGUCUACCGGCACGGACUAUUCCUGGUUCACACGUUGCAUGAUUUAAAACUGACGCCAUCCAUUUCACUUCAGAUUGCAGCUAGUCUCCCAAACAACAGCUACCUAAACAACGCCUUCAGAAACUCCUUCUUUUUUCAGGAGGAAGAGGAGACGCUCUUUGUCCGUCGCCAGAGGCUGAAGUCAGUGGGAGGCUUCUCCCUGCUGCUGCUCCACUGUCUGUCCCAUAUCAGGUUUAACGACAUGAGCUCUGACUCCAGUCCUGUCUUCCAGAGGCUUUUCUUCAAGGUACUGCAGGGAUGUUUGGGGGAGCUGUAUCAGGCGAGACUGACCUCCUCUGGACAGGAACACAGUUGGUCUGUGUUACAGGACCAAGAGACCCCUUCUGAAGUUUUAAAGAGGAGUCUUUCAGACUCCCAUGCUGCUUCACUGCUUUGCAGGUCUCAAACACCAAGCAGAGGAUUGCUGUCUGAAGAUGAAGUUGGGGAACUACAGAGGAAACACAGAGACCAGUCUGCUCACCCAUCUUGAAGCACUUUUGAGAGAGAAAAGCUCUCUGUGAAAGAGAAAAAACAGCAAGGUUCUUUAUUGCAAGCAUCAUGAGAGACACAUUUCGAGGCAAGCUAGUAAGUUAUGAAUGGCUAGAGACAGAAUUUAUCUCCCCACAAAGGGUAAAGUUAUCUUUACCCUAUCUAGUACUUUAGUACUUUACCCUAUCUAGUAAAAAUCAACAAACUUAACUAACAAGCCAUGUAACCACAACAAAGCCAAAUGAAUAAUAAUCAAACAUGAAUAAUUAUUUGACCCAAGGAGUCGUUUCCAGCAGUUGUGUAACUUCCUUAAAGUUGUCUAAAAAGGAGGCUAGCGCGAUGACUUCUACUGCAAUCUGAUACAAUCCAGCUGACAUAUAAACUCAGAGGACUCCUCCCCCGUUCCUCUCUCCGUUGGUUUGUUGAUCUUGACCGUGACACAGACAUGUGUGUUACCUCACCAGAGCGAGGCCCGAUCCAGGGCUGCCUCACUGUGAGAUCUUGGAGUCUUUGAGGGGUCUCUAUAGCAGACAUGUUUUGCCCUCUUUGAGCACUUUCCCGAGGUCAGCAUUUAUGUAGAAAACAGAAUUAUUUGAAAUUGCCUUUCAUCUUGUGAUGAAAGAGUGUGAUGUUGAAACCGGGGAGUAAAUAGCAUUGUUAUACAUCAUGUAAACAGGGUAUGUUGCACCAUUUCAAGGCCCCACACCUUUCCGUCACUCUCAACCAUUUACCAGGUGAUGUCCGCAGGUCCAACAACUGUAUGGACCAAGCCAUGAUGACCUUUUCAGUAUCGUAGAAAAUCCUUAUUUUUCUGUGUUGUAAUAAUUAACGCUGGAUUGUUGGCUAUAAGCCUCAAGUUUAAUCUAAAGAGAUAUUGUGAGAGAUUGAUAAGGAUAGAGCCUCUUUAUGCAGCCGAUUUCAUGUAGUUCACAUGCAGACUUGACAAAAACGCAGUUAUAUAUAUUUCAACAAGUAAAUAUUUAUAUUUAUUCAGUCUUUUGUGAUAAAAUGCAUACAUAUAAAACAUCAAGGUUUAAAGAUGGAGUAAACUUAAAAAUGUAAAACAUUAUUUAAAAUUUACCCCUGAAAGACAUUCGGAUCAG